AUGUUGUCAAAUCCUCUCCGUCGCUAUUCUGCGUAUCCCGACAUCUCCUCGGCGUCCUUUGACCCGAACUACCAUGGAUCUCAAUCUCACCUCCACUCGAUAAACGUAAACACGUUUAACAACAACGGCCACCCCUAUCCUAUGCAACACCUUUCGCAACACGCGGAACUUUCAAACUCGCGUAUGAUAAGGGCCAACCCGGCGCAGCCCAAGCAGCGCCAGGGCUCCCUUGUUGUUGCUAGAAAGAAUUCAACGGGAACUACUGGGCCAAUAAGGAGAAGAAUUAGCCGCGCCUGUGACCAGUGCAACCAGCUGCGUACUAAAUGCGAUGGUUUACACCCUUGUGCCCACUGCAUAGAGUUUGGUCUUGGCUGCGAGUACGUCCGAGAGAGGAAGAAGCGAGGUAAGGCUUCGCGCAAGGAUAUUGCUGCCCAGCAGGCGGCUGCUGCAGCGGCACAGCAUUCUGGCCAAGGCCAGGAUGGCCAAGAGGACCGCAAGCUUUUACGCCAGCACAGUGAGUCCUCACGUGGCAGUACUGAACUACCUCAAGCAGCCCACGACCCGUCUCAAGGUCACAUCGAGGGCUCCGUUAGCUCUUUUAGUGAUAAUGGGCUGUCCCAACAUCCUGCGAUCGGGGCGAUGGAUGGUCUUGAAGAUCACCAUGGCCACGUCGGAGUUGAUCCUGCCUUGAGCAGAGCUCAGCUGGAGCCGUCGUCCGCAAUGAGCUUGGGUGGAUAUGGCGAUGUUCACCACAACUACGAUAGCCCCGGCAUGAGUGGGCAUGUGAUGGUGGCCCCUUCAUAUGGCCAGACUCAAACCACCAUGCCCGGGUAUUCGGGCAUUAACUAUGCCACACAAGCCCCGAGUCCGGCAACUUAUAGCAGUGACGGAAAUUUCCGAAUCAGCGCCGGUCAUAUCCACGAAUACCCCAUGGCAAAUGGGAGCUCGCCUUCGUGGGGACAGAGUGAUCUGCGAUACCCUGUCCUUGAGCCCCUAUUGCCUCACCUGGGCAACAUCCUCCCCCUUUCGUUGGCUUGCGAUCUGAUUGACUUGUACUUUUCCUCAUCUUCGUCGGCGCAAAUGCACCCAAUGUCUCCAUACGUUCUGGGCUUUGUGUUCCGAAAGCGCUCUUUCUUGCACCCCACAAACCCAAGACGGUGCCAGCCUGCACUUCUUGCGAGUAUGUUGUGGGUAGCAGCGCAGACCAGCGAGGCGUCUUUCUUAACAAGCUUACCCUCUGCGAGGAGCAAAGUCUGUCAGAAGCUGCUCGAGCUGACUGUUGGACUUCUCCAGCCCUUGAUCCAUACCGGCACAAACAGCUCAUCCCCCAAGACUAGCCCGGUAGUUGGUGCGGCUGCCCUGGGAGUUCUCGGCGUUGCCAUGCCGGGUUCACUGAACCUGGAUUCCCUGGCCGGCGAAACAGGUGCCUUUGGCGCCAUUGGCAGCCUCGACGAUGUCAUUACCUAUGUGCAUCUCGCCACAGUCAUUUCAGCCAGCGAGUACAAGGGCGCCAGCCUGCGGUGGUGGGGUGCGGCAUGGUCUCUCGCCAGGGAGCUUAAGCUUGGCCGUGAGCUGCCGCAGGGCAACCCCCCUGCCAAUCAGGAGGACGCUGAUGCCAUCAACGAAGACGUGGAUGAGCACGACCUGAACAGAAAUAACACACGCUUCGUGACGGAAGAGGAGCGUGAGGAACGGCGACGAGCGUGGUGGCUUGUUUACAUCGUUGACAGGCACCUGGCUCUCUGCUAUAACCGCCCCCUAUUCCUCCUUGAUAGCGAAUGCAGCGACCUCUUCCACCCAAUGGAUGACAUCAAGUGGCAAGCGGGCAAGUUCCGCAGCCAUGAUGGAGGUAGCGGCGGCAUUAAUAUUGAUAGCUCCAUGACAGAUGAGUUUGGCGACAGCCCGCGCGUUGCUCGUGGGGCUCACUACGAGUGCCGUGGCCGCAGCAUCUUUGGCUAUUUCUUGUCUCUGAUGACAAUCCUGGGCGAGAUUGUCGACGUUCAUCACGCCAAGAGCCACCCGCGAUUCGGCGUUGGAUUCCGCUCUGCGCGGGAUUGGGACGAGCAAGUUGCUGAGAUCUCCCGACACCUAGACAUGUAUGAGGAGAGCCUAAAGAGGUUCGCCGGGAAGCAUCUUCCAAUGUCCACGAAAGACAAGGAGCAGCAUGAGAUUCACGACAACGGGGCCGUGCCAGACAUGCAGUCUCCGCUCUCGGUGCGGACCAACGCGUCCAGUCGCAUGACGGAGAGUGAGAUUCAGGCCAGCAUCGUGGUGGCCUACAGUACCCAUGUGAUGCAUGUCCUCCACAUUCUCCUCGCAGAUAAAUGGGACCCCAUCAAUCUUCUGGAUGAUGACGACUUGUGGAUUUCAUCAGAAGGAUUCGUAACGGCAACCAGCCAUGCAGUAUCGGCUGCUGAAGCCAUCAACCAGAUUCUCGAGUUUGACCCUGGCUUGGAGUUUAUGCCAUUCUUUUACGGUGUCUAUCUCCUCCAAGGGUCCUUCCUCCUCCUCUUGAUCGCCGACAAGCUGCAGGCUGAGGCGUCACCAAGUGUCAUCAAGGCAUGUGAGACCAUUGUGCGAGCACACGAAGCUUGCGUCGUGACUCUGAGCACAGAGUAUCAACGGAACUUUAGCAAGGUCAUGCGAAGUGCGCUUGCUCUGAUUCGGGGUCGUGUGCCAGAGGAUCUUGCUGAGCAACAGCAACGACGUCGCGAGCUUCUUGCGUUGUACCGAUGGACGGGUAACGGAACCGGUCUGGCCCUUUGA